AUGAAAGUAAAAAAACAUAUAUUAUUUCCCGAUGAUUUUAAAGAAAAUUCGUAUGGUGAAGAUGAGAUUGGUAGUGGUACCGAUGAUGAAACAAAUGAUGGUGUCGUUGCGGAUGAUCAGACAAAUGAUAAACAAAAAUCAUCUGUCAAAUCCACAUCAACAAAAUCGAAUAAAAAUAAAAUUCUUUCUAUUAUCGCACAGAUACCAUCCGAUGCGAAACGAAUUUUGAUUACUAUUAUUGAAUGUAAAGAACUUGUUCAGUAUGUGAAAAAGGUAAUUUUAGUAUUCGGUAGUGUUUGCUGCUUAAUCUGACCAUUUAGAGUAUCUAGAUAAUUUUUUCAAAAGGCCUCACUGUUUCCUUUUUUAACAGAUGAAUCUGAACCAAGAACUUGAAGAUCGAAAAGCUCUCAUACUUUUACAAUGCACAAUAGUACGAUGGUUAUCGCUUAUAAACUGUUUACAAAGUGUGCAUAAAUCUUUAGUUGUACUUGAAGAAAUAUUCAACGACAAAAAACUGAACAAAAAAAAAAUCAAUCAAAUAACUUCAGUUACAUUAGAAAAAAUAAUUGAAUUUUUCAAAACCCUGGGAAUAUGUUAUGACGCGAGUGCAAUCGUCCAAAAUACCAUCAAUACAUACAGUAACACCAAGUAUAUGCUUCAUUAAUUCUUCAUUGGAAAAUAAACUUCCCCAUGGAAAACAAGACAAAGGUAUCUACUUGAAGCGUAUUUUUGAUACUGUUAUGCUUAAAUAUUGUUUUAUACGGGUUCUUCAUAUUUUUAUACAAGAGCGAAACAAAUCAUGAAAGAAAAAAUUCAAUUUGAUCCUAUUCUACUUAUGGGAACACUUUUUAAUCCUAAAACACGAAGGAUGAAACAUUUAUCUACUAGACAAAGACGAAUGUAUUGAGUAUGUGAAGCAGGAAAUGUUGCUAUUUGAUAUUGAUGAUUGUGUAACACCACGUACUCCCCGAAAAACAUCAGAUCUGUGACAAUAUAUAUAGAUAAGUUC